AUGCAAAACCUCAAAAUUUUUAAAAUAAAGUCCAACUUUGUAUCUCUUGAUUUGUCAAAAUGUUUGCAUUUGCUUGAAGUUGUAAUUGAAAACAUCUCCUGUGCAGGCAAAAUUACUUUCCCAUAUUUCAAAGGAACACUCUCAAUUCAAGGCAAUGGAGAUGGACUUUCUGUGAGUGGGUGUGGAAGUGAUACAACAAUAAAAGGAGUUGUUUCCUAUUUGAAAUUACCGUUACAACCGUUAUUAAGCUUAUUAAUUGAUACUGAGUCUGUUAUUACAGUUGAACCAAAUUCUUAUUUUGAAGACACAAAACGGAAUAGGAGAGUUGCUCAUAUUGAAACAACUGUAUUAAUCAUCAACUCCAACAUAAGUUUGGAAUAUAUUGGUAUUCCAAUGUAUUCUAAACAAGUAAUAUGCGAGCCAAACACCAUCAAAGGAAUCUACAUCACUGAUACACACAACUUCUUCUUCUUUUCAAGUAAUACGAAUUACUAUGGAUACACGGAAAUGUGGUUCUCAGACGACAACUUGAGGAAUAAGACUCUUACAGACACACAAUCGUUUGAGUCUGAUAAAGUGUUACGAAAACGAGUAAUGAAAAAGAUAGAUGAUUGGAAAUAUCUUACUAGUGCACAUAUCCACACGAUGCACUGGGCGUGUAUACACAAUAAAGAUGUGGAUAUAUAUGCAGAAGAACAUACAAGUCACACAAAAAAGACUUGGGAACUUGUUUCAAAAGUGUUACUCAUAAACAAGAUGUUUAAAAAUGUUCAAAAAGAUGGAUCUCCAUUACCAAGAUUGAACAAAAAUAAACGGUAUACAAUAAGUAAAGUGUGUAGUGAUGAUUAUGAUGAUAAAUACUCAAAUGUUGAAGAUGAAGAUGAUUGUGAUGAAAUUGGUGAUGAUCUUCAGAAGUAUAUCUUUACAGAAUGUAAUUGA